GUGUUCAGGGGGGUAUUGCACAAAAGCAAGAUAAGGGAUUAAGUUGGGAUUUUCCAGUUAUCCUGGCUGAAUUUAGCCCUGACUCGGUUGCAUGAAGGGAGGCUAAAUUAAUCUACAUUAAGUUACUAUGGAGAUUUACACUUUGCAGCUAGCCUGCUCCGGAGCAGGCUAACAACCAGGCUAAGAUUAAUCCUAGUGAUUUAUCGGCUAGUUCCUCAUUAAAAUUCUUCUAGAUAUUAAUGUGUUUUAGUCACUUCAUGGUCCUGCAUUAAAAUACUAGAUAUACUGUCAUUCAUCUAAGUAUGUGUACUGUUAUUUUAGUUAUUAUUGAAAACUGCUGUUCAUUUCACUGUCAGAGGUUUGAUGAAUAUAUAUAUUAUUUGAAAUUUAAAGUGUUUAUUGUCAUACACCCAGUGAGGAAAGCAGAUUUUCCUGAGCAAUUAUUACUUUGCUGUCCACAAUGAAUGCCAACACAGUGCAAAAGAACUAUACUAUACAACAUGAGAAAUAGAAUAUAGACUAUGUAUAUCUAUAUAUGCAAGUAUAGAGUAGAAAUGUACUGUUGAAUGAGAAAAAAUAUCAAUAGAUUAUAUUUUAUUGCAGUUGAUGAGAUAAGAAACGGCUCAUGAAUUUGCAAAUGUGGUUUCAAUUAAGUCUGUAACGAGGUCAAUAUGUAGUAUAUAUAGACUAAAGAUUUGUGUGUUUCCUAUUCAUAAUGGCUUUCCCUUUGUUGGAUGAUGUAGUUGAUGAGGAAGUUUUAAUACUCAGACGAGCAUUCAGGCACGAAAGAGUCUUCCGAGAUAGGGCAGACCCAUUGGCCUUUUCAGACGAAUAUCUGACUGAGAGGUACAGAUUCUCAGGUGAUGGCAUCAGAUAUUUGUGUAGGCUGCUGGGUCCAAACAUACAGCACAGGACAGCACGGAGCCAUGCUCUCACUGUCCCACAGAUGGUCUGCGUAGCACUGCGAUUCUUUGCAAGUGGCAUGUUUCUGUAUUCUGUCGGUGAUGCAGAAAACCUCAAUAAAGCUACUAUUUGCCACACAAUAAGAAAUGAGAAUGUAAGUCUGGCAAUGAAAUCUCUUGUGCACAUAUUUAUCACCUUCCCUGGUCACAGAAGAUUCAUCCACAUCAAGGAGGAGUUCUACAAGAUUGCAGCUUUUCCUAAUGUAAUUGGUACAGUGGAUUGCACCCAUAUUCGUAUCCAACGCCCCUCAGGGGCACAUGAGGGAGAUUAUGUUAACAGGAAAUCCUUCCACAGUAUCAAUGUUCAGAUGAUCUGUGAUGCUGACUGCCUUAUUACAAAUUUAGAGGCAAAAUGGCCUGGCUCAGUCCAUGACUCCAGAAUCUUUCGGGCCAGUAGAAUUUACCAGAGACUCUCUCUAGGGGAGUUCUCUGGUGUGCUGCUGGGGGACAAAGGCUAUGCCUGUGAGACAUUUCUGAUGACUCCCCUUACAGACCCCCAAACCCCACCACAGCAAGCUUACAACCACGCCCAUGCCAAAACCAGGGCUCGAAUUGAAAUGACCUUCGGCCUCCUGAAAUCACGAUUUCAGUGCCUGCACCACCUCAGGGUCUCCCCAGACAGAGCAUGUGACGUGACUGUUGCCUGUACAGUGCUGCACAAUAUUGCCAGCCUAAGAAAAGAAAGGGCUCCCAGAGUUGCUUUGGAUGUUGAUUGGGACAAUGCUGCCAUAUUCCCAGAUAACAGAAAUGGUAGACUUGUUAGAGAACAAUACAUUGCAAAUUAUUUCAGUUAAUUUAGUUUUGAUUUAGCCCAUCCCUUAAUAAAGGAUAAUGUAGGCUA